UUGAGACAAAAGUAAGAACUGAAUGAGAGAGCGAGAGAGAGAGAGAGAGAGACAGAGACAGACAGAGAGAGGGAGCGCUAGCUGAGUACAUACCAUGAAAAGAAAACGAGUUUAAAUUUGUUGUUUUUUUCUGAGAGAUUGUAAAUUGUGCAGGAGUUUAUAGUAGAGGACCCAGUCCCUCUGUUCCAGGGCUGCUGCUGCUGCUGUAUCUGAGUUUAUCUGUAUUUGGAGACAUGAGGCUCGUCCUGACCGCACUGCUACUGUGGGCAUCCUCCGCCGAGUGCCAGCAAAGAGGUCUCUUUCCUGCAAUCUUGAACUUGGCCAGUAAUGCUGAAAUCUCCACCAAUGCAACCUGUGGAGAACCUCUUCCUGAGAUGUACUGCAAGCUCGUGGAGCACGUUCCUGGAAGGCGAAUCCGUAACCCUCAGUGUCGGACGUGUGAUGCUAACAGUGCUAACCUGAAAGAGAGACAUCCCAUAACCAAUGCUAUUGAUGGCACCAAUCAGUGGUGGCAGAGUCCCAGUAUCAAGAACGGACGUCAGUUCCACUGGGUCACAGUCACUCUGGAUCUUCGACAGAUCUUUCAAGUAGCUUAUGUCAUCAUCAAGGCAGCUAACUCUCCACGGCCAGGAAACUGGAUUCUGGAACGUUCUCUGGAUGGCAUCAAUUACCAGCCCUGGCAGUACUAUGCCAUCAGUGACACGGAGUGUCUGACGCGCUACAACAUUACCCCUCGCCUCGGCCCUCCCACCUAUAAGAGAGAUGAAGAGGUGAUCUGCACCUCCUACUACUCCCGCUUGGUGCCUCUGGAACAUGGAGAGAUCCACACGUCUCUGAUAAACGGCCGGCCUGGUGCUGAUGACCUGACGCCCGAGCUGCUGGAGUUCACCUCCGCCCGCUUCAUCCGCCUGCGUCUGCAGCGUAUUCGCACACUUAAUGCUGACCUCAUGACCCUCAGCUACCGAGACCCCAAAGAUGUGGACCCCAUCGUCACUCGCCGGUAUUAUUAUUCAAUCAAGGACAUCUCAGUGGGCGGGAUGUGCAUCUGCUAUGGCCACGCCCAGAGCUGCCCCUGGGACCCUGUCACCAAGAAACUGCAGUGUGUGUGUGAGCACAAUACAUGCGGAGAGAGCUGUAAUGAGUGUUGUCCCGGCUACCACCAGGAACUGUGGCAACCUGGGACCAUAUCUGAUGGCAACACAUGCGAGAAAUGCAACUGUCACAACAAGGCAGAGGACUGUUAUUACAACCAGACCGUGGCUGAUCUGAAGAUGAGCUUGAACACACACGGGCAGUUUGUGGGAGGCGGAGUGUGUAUCAAUUGCACACAGAACACUGCGGGGGUUAACUGCGAGACUUGUGCUGAUGGAUACUAUAGACCACACAAGAUGUCCCCAUACGCUACAGAGCCGUGUUUGGAGUGUAACUGUGAUAUGAGAGGCUCAGUCAGCCAUGUCUGUCUAAAAGACGACAAGCAUGCUAACCCUGGCAAAGGUCUUCUUCCAGGUCAGUGUGUGUGUAAGGAGGGUUUUGCUGGAGAGAAGUGCGAUCGCUGUGCGUUCGGCUACAGGGACUUCCCCCUGUGCACACGCUGUGAAUGCAGUCUAGAAGGCAGCCAUAACAUCGACCCCUGCAGAGAGUGCAUCUGCAAAGUUAAUGUGAUGGGUGCCAACUGUGACCUGUGUAAGCAGGGCUUCUACAACCUGCAGGCCAGUAACCCUGAGGGCUGCACUGAGUGCUUCUGCUUUGGGGUCUCUGAUGUGUGCGAAAGCUCCACCUGGAAUACAUCAUUGAUCAUACACAGAGAUGGCUGGCUCCGACCCUCCAUCCACAACACCCCAGUUUUCACUGCACCGAUCACUGAGGACAAUUUCAUCAUCGCUAACAAUAAUGCUACAGCCACCACAAGCUACCUCCAUCAGUCCUCCUGGUCUGCUCCAGAGUCCUUCCUAGGCAAUAAGCUGACCGCAUAUGGAAGUUUUCUGAACUACAGUGUGGCGUAUGAUGCGUCUGUCGACAACAACGUGGACAAAACACUCCCAUCACAUUUUGAUGUGGUCAUUCAGGGGAACGGGAGGAGCCUGAGGCAGCUGCAGUCCCGGCGUGUGUUCCUGAACCCUCACAUGGAGCAGCAUGUGGUGCUGGAGUUCCUGCCGCACUUCUUCGUGGAUAUGCACACGGAGAGAAGAGUGCAGAGAGACGAGCUGAUGAGCGUACUGGCGGAUGUAGCCAGUCUGAGGAUCAGAGCUCACCUCAACACCAGCGUGGACGGAGUGCUCCGGUUAAGCUCUGUGUCUCUGGCUGUCGCUGACCCCAUAUCCAGAAGUGCUGCUCCAGCUCCAGAUGUUGAGCAGUGCGAGUGCCCGUGGGGCUACUCAGGGACUUCCUGUGAGUACUGUAUUUCUGGAUUUUAUCGAGUGGGAGGAAUCCUGUUUGGAGGAAACUGUCUGCAGUGCGAGUGUAAUGAUCACGCCACUGAGUGUGACAUUAACGGAGUCUGUCUGGGUUGCUCUCACAACACUACAGGACCCCACUGUGACCAGUGCCUGCCAGGUUACUAUGGUGACCCCACAGAGGGCACCGCAGAAGACUGCCAGCGAUGCGCCUGCCCGCUGACACUGGCGUCUAACAACUUCAGCCCUACCUGUUCUCUACAAGGUCCUGGAGAAAUCAUGUGUGACCAGUGUGAGCAAGGAUACACAGGGACAAAGUGUGAGAGGUGUGCUAAUGGAUAUUACGGGAACCCCACUGUCGCGGGACAGAAGUGUUCUGUGUGCGAGUGUAACGGUAACGUGGACCCGUCAGAGCCGGGCCACUGUGAUGCUGUAACUGGCGAGUGUCUGAAGUGUGUGGGACACACCUCGGGCCGACACUGUGAACGCUGCGAGGACGGAUACUUUGGAGAUGCUGUGACAGCUAAGGACUGCCAGGCUUGCGGCUGCCAUGCAAACGGAUCAGUCUCCAGUGUUUGUAACAUUAUAACUGGACAGUGCGACUGUAGGGCCAAUGUGGUGGGAGACAAGUGUGACCGCUGUCAGGUUGGGUUCCAUGGCAUUAACAGUGGUGAUGGGUGCAGACCAUGUGAAUGCAGUCAGUCUGGGUCAGUCUCAGAAGCGUGUGAGGAAGACGGACAGUGUCAGUGUAUUGCCGGUGUAUCAGGUGCUAAAUGUGAUCGCUGCCAGCACGGCUUUUACAACUUCACAGAUGGCGGCUGCACACCUUGUGACUGCGCUCACACACACGGAAACUGUAACGCUGAGACUGGAGAGUGUAUCUGUCCACCACAUACCAGAGGAGAGAAAUGUGAAGUGUGUGAGGAAGAUCACUGGGGUCACGAUGCAGUAACCGGAUGCAAGCCAUGUGAGUGCAGUGUGGAUGGCUCUAACUCGUCUCAGUGUGAUCUGCUAAAUGGUCAGUGUGCGUGCAGACCACACUUUGCGUCCCAGAAAUGCGACCGCUGCGCUUUAGGCUACAGGAAGUUCCCAGAGUGCACUGCAUGCAACUGCAACACUAACGGCACCCGUGAAGACUUCUGUGAUGAUGAGCUGGAAGUGUGUGGAUGUGAGGACCAUGGACAGUGUGUGUGCAAGGAUAAUGUUGGUGGAGGCGGUUGUGAUGAGUGUAAGACCGGUACUUUUGGUCUCUGGGGCCAAAAUCCAUCCGGCUGCAGCCCCUGUUUCUGUUUUGGGGUCUCGACUGUGUGUGAGGAGCUUGGCGGACUGGUCAGAGUGCCUAUCACUGUGGGUCCUGAGGCUGAGCGUCUGCAUGUAGUGAGUCAGAGUGACCUGAAGGGGACGCUGGAGGGUGUGUAUCACACAGAGGGAGAAAUGCUGCUGGAUGUGACUCAGCUCCAAAGUGCCUCCUCACUCACUGGGCCUUAUUACUGGAGACUGCCUCAGCGUUUCCAGGGCAGCAAGCUGUUGUCCUAUGGAGGCGAUCUCUCGUAUUCUGUAGCUUUUGCUGCUCUGGAUGGAUCAGGUCUGUCCAAUUACGAGCCACAGGUUCUGAUAAGAGGAGGCCAUCUAAAGAAACUGGUUAUUUACAUGGACAUGCCUGCUCCAGAGAACAGCAUCCGCACCACCCAGCGUGUCCCUCUGACUGAGCACAAGUGGAAGUACUUCAACGCAGUGUCUGAGAAAGCUGUGAGCCACGCAGAUUUUAUGUCUAUCCUGAGCAAUGUGGAAUACAUCUUCAUCAAAGCUUCAUACGGAACUGGACUCCAACAAAGCAGAAUCUCAAAUAUCUCCAUGGAUACAGCCGUGGAGGCAGAUGAGGCACCCGAGGGCACGCCAGAGGCCAGGCUGGUAGAGGCCUGUGAAUGCCCUCCAGGAUACGCCGGUUUGUCCUGCCAGGAGUGUGCUCCUGGGUACUACAGACAGCAUGUAUCGGAGCUGAAUAUGAAGGGUAUGAAAAGGCCUAUGAUGCAACCCUGUGUGCCCUGCAAGUGCAACAACCACAGCCUGGCGUGUGACCUGGACACGGGCAAAUGCCUGGGCUGCCAGCACAACACUACAGGGGAGAACUGUAACGUGUGCGCUCCGGGUUAUUACGGUCAGGUGAAGGGUUCCAUCAGUGACUGCUCACUGUGUGCCUGUCCACUGCACAGCAACAGUUUCAGCCCCACCUGUGUGCUGGAGGGUGUUGGUGAUUUCCGCUGUGAUGCCUGUAAGCCGGGUUAUGAGGGACGCUACUGUGAGAGGUGUUCACUGGGUUACUAUGGUAACCCUUCAGAGCCAGGCGGGAAGUGCGAGGUGUGCCAGUGCACAGAAUCUGGCUCCCUGCACCCAGUGUGUGACUCACAAACAGGAAAGUGUGAGUGCAAGGCCGGGGUCAGGGGUCACCUGUGUGACCAGUGCGAAGAUAGACAUGUCCUCUCCAAUGACCAGUGUUUGUCAUGUGAUGAUGGGUGUACUGGCCUGCUGCUGGAUGAUGUGGAUGCAGUCGAGGCCUCCAUCCAGUCUUUGAACCUCAGCGGUGUGAUCCUGGCACCCUACAGCCUGCUGAUCAGCCUGGAGAACCAGACUCAGGAGCUCCAGACCGCAUUCUCAUUGGAGCGAAACUCAUCAAAUCAGCUGAUAAACAAAAGAGAAGAGGAUGUUACCGAUCUCCACAAACAACUGGAUGAGCUUCAACAGAAGGCUGAGAAUAUAUCUGCUGUAGGAGAAAAUGUUCUGCAAACUUCUGAGGAGAGAGUGAAUAAAGGAAAAGACCUUCUGGAUGUUAUUGACAAAAUUCACAUUGCCAUCCAAGUUCUCGAGGAGAAUGUGGGAAAUCUCAACAUGACCCUGACGGAGGAGGUGGAGGAAGUAAACAGCACCACACUGAUGGAGCAAAUGAUGGCUCUGAUAGAGAAGAUGAAGACGAUUGAUCUGUCCAGCAGAAACACCACUGCAGAUGAUGAGCUCCGUGCUGCAGUGGCUGUGCUCGAGAGCAUACAGAAGGACGUGGUGGAGCCGUCUAAUCGUACUCAGACCCUGAAGGAGAAGAUCUCUACAGCACUAGCCAGACAUGACCAGCAGCUCAUGGAAGCCCAGGAUCUCCUGAAUGCAGCUCAAAGCCACAAUAAUCAUACAGAGCAUCUUCUGAAGAACAUUCAUACUAAUAUAGAGGAGUUUACGUCUUUACGGCACAAUGUGAGCAGUCUGAACCAGACAACAGUGACCAAUCUAGAGGAUGCUCAGGAUCUUCUCACUGAUGCAUUCAGCAUUGCCGGAGACUUGCACAACCUCACAAUGAAAGCAGAAGAGGAGAAAGAUGAGCUGGUAGAGUGGAGCCCCACUCUGAGGAAGCAUGUGGACACUCUAGUGAUGGAGCUGACCAAGCGAGACGCACUGCAGCUAGUGUACAGAGCAGAAGACCACGCCCAGGCUCUCAGCAAAGAGGCUCAGGCGGUCUACAAUACGCUGACUGGAGUGAGAGAAGCCUCAACGAAUAUCACCAGUGCCUCCCAAGUCAACUCCAAUAUCAGUGAUAAUAUCCACCAGGCCGAAAAUCAAGCUCUUUCUGCCAAUCAGACUGCUAGCUCUGCCCUUAGCCUGAUUCUACAUGUGAACGAGUCUUUAACUGAGCUGGGCAAACAGGCAGUCCAGAGAAGCUUCACAAUUCUUAACGACAGCGCAGCUUUAAACAACUUCACUGAAGAUCUUGCACAGAAUGUCAGUGAUGUUAAUGGCAGACUCAAUCUGGUCAGAGCAAGAGUGGACAACUUCACCCAGCUCCUCCCUGACAGCCUGACUGCCCUUAGGAACCUCUCAAAUGGAGGCAGAGAGCUGGUCGUGGAGGUGAAGCAGCAGGUGGAGAAGGCCAAUGCUUCACUGCAGAAAGCUAUAGAGCGUCUGGACGACUACCACAUGAAGCUGGAGGAGUCUUCCUCAGCUAUAAGCUCAGCCAACAGCAGUGCCAAGACUGUCAACAACAUGGUUAAAGACUCAGAGAACACAGCCAAUGCUGCUGAAUCUAAGCUUAAGGAAGCCCAUCUGCGGACAGAGAGACUUUUUGACAGGCUGAAACCUCUGAAGACACUUGGAGAGAACUUGAGCAGGAACCUGACAGAAAUAAAGGAGCUGAUUAAUCAGGCCCGCAUGCAAGCAGCUUCAAUUAAAGUCGCAGUAUCAGCAAAUCGGGAUUGUGUGCGAGCGUAUAAACCAGAGGUGACCUCCAGCAACUUCAACACCCUCACCUUGACUGUAAAGACAACUGAACCAGACAACCUGCUGUUCUACAUGGGCAGUAGUUCCAGUGUGGACUUCAUGGCGCUGGAGAUGAGGCAUGGCAAGGUAUCCUUCCUGUGGGACGUGGGCUCUGGUCACGCUCGGCUGGAAUACCCCAGUGUGCAGAUAAACAACAAUAAAUGGCACAGAAUUAAUGCCACUCGAUUUGGAAAGCAAGGCUCCCUCACUGUUCAACAGUUGGACUCUGAGCCAAUGCCUUCAGUAAAGACCACAGCCCCGGGCUCAUCCACUGUCAUGGACAUCAACAAAUCCACAUGGGUGUUUGUGGGAGGCCUGAGCGGUCAGGUUAAGAAAUCCUCAGCAGUGAAGAUGACUCACUUCAAAGGAUGUAUGGGUGAAGCCUCUCUGAAUGAGAAGAACAUUGGCCUGUGGAACUAUGCUGAACGGGAAGGAGGGUGUGGAGGGUGCUUUAAAAGUCCGCAGCUGGAGGAAACUUCCUUCUACUUCGAUGGCAGUGGAUAUUCAGUUGUGGAGAAAUCUCUGCGCUCCAUCUCCACCAGCAUCGUCAUGUUCUUCAAAACUCUCUCACCCAACGGCCUGCUGCUCUACCUGGCCUCUAAUGGCACUAGAGACUUCUUGUCCAUUGAGUUGGUAGAGGGUAAAGUACAUGUGACCUUUGAAUUGGGCUCUGGACCUCUCACACUGACCUCCUCCAAAGCUUACAACACUGGAGUCUGGUACAAAAUCGCUCUGCAGCGGAACAAACGCAAAGGAUACCUUGCUGUGAUGGCUGCUGACAAUGCCUCAGAGAGAGAGGUGAUGGAGGCGGAGUCUCCUGGAACUGCCUCAGAUCUCAACCGUUCAGACCUGGAUCCUAUUUAUAUUGGUGGACUACCAGCUUCUAGACCAAUCAGGAGGCAGGUUGUAGCCCGCUCGUAUGUGGGCUGCAUUAAGAACGUGGAAAUCGCACGCACAAAUUUUGACCUGUUGAGGGAGUCCUAUGGUGUGAAGAAAGGAUGCAUUCUAAAGCCUAUCCGCAGUGUGUCUGUGCUGGGCGGAGGAUACGUGCAGAUGCCUGCUGUCACUGUGGGUCCUCAGACAGAGAUCAUCAGCAGCUUCUCCAGCAGGAACAGCAGCGGCCUCAUCCUGGCAGGCUUUAACUCCGCCUCCGGACGCAAACGCCGGCACACACAACAGUCUUUCCUGGCUGUUAUGCUGGUGUCAGGCCGAUUGGAAGUGCACGUGAGCGUGGCAGAGGGAGCAGGAGUGCACAAAGCUGUUAUCAAAUCACAAAGUGGCACAUUCAGUGAUGGGGAGGAGCAUUCUCUUAUCCUACAGAGAAACAAAAGGACGUUAGCAGUGUAUGUGGAUGAGGAGCAGCAGGAGACAGUAAGGCUGGGCUCUGCUGCUGAGAAGGUUCUUUCUCUGAGUGAUUUCUAUAUCGGAGGGGUUCCAGAAAGAGAGGCCACUGCAGUGCUCACCUUCACCACCUCCUUCUACGGCUGCAUCAGGAACACGGCGGUGGAUGGCAUGCUGCUGGACCUGUCAGGAGCUGUGAAGUACGAGCAGGUGGACCUGGACAGCUGCUUGCUGGAAGAGCGGCCCAAGCACAUAGUUCUUCCAGACGAGGGCGACGUGGAGUCAGAGCCCACCGCUCAGCCCACACUGCGGCCUUUACCACCCCACACUGAGCUGAAUGCUGCUAGCCCUGGAGCCACCACUUGUGCUGCUAUGGACCAGAUGGGAAGUAUUCCAGAAGCCCACCAGUUUGGACUCUCCAGAAACAGUCACAUGAUCAUCAGCUUCAAGAAUAAGACUGUCAGGUCCAGUUUCACCGUAGAGCUGUCCAUCCGGACGCUGGCUCCCAAUGGGGUCCUGUACUACAUGGCUAAUGCUAACCAGCAGGAUUAUGCUGUGCUGCAGCUGCAGGGUGGCCGGCUGCUCUUCUCAUGUGACCUGGGGAAAGGCCCUGCCAUCACCACCGCCCACGCACACAUCAGUGACGGACAGUGGCACACUGUGAGGACAGACUUCGGUAAGAAGAGCACUCUGAUCAGUGUUGAUGGGGUGGACUCUGAGCGCACUGCAACUAAAGGCCACACUCUGGAUGUGGAGGGGAAGCUGUACUUGGGUGGACUGCCCACUGGAUACACUGCCAAGAAGAUUGGAAAUGUGACUCACAGCAUAGCAGGCUGCAUGCAGAAGGUGAAACUGAACGGUGCUGAGGUCAAUCUGCAGAACACAGCUUCAUCCCACCACACUGGACUCUGCUUCACCUCUGCCCAGGAGGGCACCUUCUUCAACGGCUCAGGAUACGCUGCCUUCGUGAAAGAGGGUUAUUAUGUGGGUUCUGACGUGACGGUGAGUUUGGAGUUCCGCUCUACGGCGCCGGAGGGAGUUCUGCUGGGGGUGAGCAGCACCAGGGUAGAUGCUAUUGGACUGGAGCUGAUAAAUGGCCAGGUGGUGUUUAAUGUGAAUAACGGAGCCGGGAGAUUCACGGCCGUGUCCAGGAGCAGAGGGCUGCUGUGUGACGGACGUUGGCACACCCUGGUCGCUAAAAAGCUGAAGCACAGUCUGAUUCUGAUUGUGGACGGCUUGACCGUGAGCACUGAGAACCCCCACUCUUCCUCCACCUCUGCCGAGACCAAGAACCCCAUCUAUAUUGGAGGAUAUCCAGCUGGCGUGAAGCAGAGCUGUCUGAGCUCCAGAGCAUCAUUCCGUGGCUGCAUGCGAAACCUGCGUCUCACUAAAGGUCACAUCACAGACAACUUAGACUUCAGCUCGGCCUUCGCCCACCCAGACGUCUCGCCACACUCCUGCCCGGCCUCUCCCGCCGCCUGACCCCUCCAGCACGUUCCAGUGUGUAAUGAUUGUGUAAAAAGGAAAUGUAAUUAAUUUUUAAUAUUUUUUUUAUUUGUUUUUAAAAUUAUUUGUGAAUCUGAUGUCCAGUUCAGUUCUACUCAAAUGUUUGUCACCACUGACCUGUUUGUUAAUGAAAUGCAAUAAAGUGCUCAGGAAAAUUC